AUAUACGCUAGUUUUCUCGUCAGUCUAUCAGCGUAUUCAAUAUGGACAGCAACAAAGUUGAAAUAUGCGUGCACGAAGGAAAAUUAAUUGGUACUCUAGAGAAAGGUUUUUACGGCGACUACUAUAACGCUUUCCGAGGAAUACCAUAUGCGAAACCGCCAAUUGGGGAACUUAGAUUUAAGGAUCCGGUACCAGCGGAACCAUGGACCGGUGAGAGAGACGCCUCGAAGCACGGAAAUGUCGCCGUUCAACUGAAUGAAUUCACACACAAAAUUGAGGGCGAUGAAGAUUGUCUCUACUUAAAUGUGUACACCACGAAAGUCGAGCCUUCAAAGAAACGUGCAGUGAUGGUAUGGAUACACGGUGGUGCCUUUUAUGUGGGUUCUGGCGAUGAUUUCUUCUAUGGCCCCGAUUACAUCGUACCCAAAGAUGUAGUUUUGGUUACCUUGAAUUAUAGACUAGGCGUUCUAGGUUUCCUAAACCUUAACGACAAAGUGGCAACGGGUAAUCAAGGUGUGAAGGAUGUAAUCAUGGCGUUACGAUGGGUCCAGAAAAAUAUAUCAAAGUUCGGUGGUGACCCGGAAAAUGUAACUAUCUUUGGCGAAAGUGCUGGUGGAGCCAUCGUACAUUGUUUAACUGUGUCUCCGUUAGCUAAAGGUUUAUUUCAUAAAGCGAUAGCGCAAAGCGGCGUCAUGAGGUGUCCUUGGGCUUUUACCGAACAACCACAUUCGAAAAACAAAGGUUUUCAGCUUGCCGGAAAACUUGGAAAAGCGACCGCAGAUCCGAAAGUCGCUUACGAGUUUCUCAAAACAAUCGAUGCAAAGAAGCUUAUAGAAACUGAACGAAAAUGUCUUUUAACGGAAAAUGAAAGUAAAAAUUAUCAUAUGAUAUUUACACUCUCUUGGGAUCACGAAUCAUCAAAUCCAGUUUUCCCAGAAGAUCCAGAGACGCUUAUGUGCAACGGGGUUAAAGUACCAUUCCUUUUAGGUUUUAACAGUAACGAAGGAUCUAUUGUUAUAUGCAGUAACCCAGUCGGACGCUUAAACAAAGAAGAUUUUAAACGAAUUGAUUCCAAUUUUAAGGAAUCCAUGUUACCCAGAUUUUUGUCUAUAUUAUCGAAAAUAUCAGUCACAGUCGAGGAAUUGCGAUCUUUAUAUUUUGGUGACAAAGCAAUAUCAGAGGAAACUUUUAUGAAUUACUGUGAUUUUCUGAGCGACGAAUUCCUCUGUCGUGGUGCAAUGGAAGUAGUGGAUAUUCAGGCAAAACUGAAAAAUAAUGAAGCAACGUAUCUGUACAAAUUUUCGUACGAGAGUGAUGCUUCUCCCAUGAGAAAAAUAUUUAAAAUUCAGGCUCCAGGUGUGUCUCAUGCCGAGGAUCUGGGGUUCUUGUUUUAUCCUUAUAUGAUAAAAAAUCUCGGCAUGUCACCACCUGCAGUUGAUUCGGAAGACUACAAGAUGAUAAAGUGUUUAACGAAAAUGUGGACAGAUUUUGCUAAAACAGGAAAUCCAACGCCUCUUACAAAAGCCUGGUUGCCGAUAACUGGUUCACAAAGCGGAAAAUAUAAUUAUCUGAAUAUCGAUACAAACUCGCAAAUACAAGUCUUCCGUAAAGGAGAAGAAAGGUGGAAUUGGGAAGAGAAAAAAAAAUAAGUUGCGACGUUAAAAUUUAAUUUACGUUAACAAUUGGAUUUUAAAAUUGUACUUUUCCUGAUGAGAAAUCUAAGUUCUGUGUUUAUGAGAAAUAUUCUCUCAGGGCUUUUCAAGGAUAUUUUUAAACUCACGCGGAAUAUGGGCACUACUAUUGUUCCCCAAGUUCACGAUCAGGUCUUAAUUAGUACAAAAAUGAAGAUAAUGUUUUUCGACUACGAUUUACUAGAAAUAAGUAGUUUUUCACGAGUUAAACUUUAAAAAUACUAGUAAAUUGCUACUAGUCGCUGAAUUUUAAAUAAUUUUAACUGAAUAUUGAUUGAGGAUUACUCGAUAAGAUUAACUAUCGUAACGUAAAUAAAAUGAGAAACAAUAAUAAAAUAUUGUUAUGUUUAAUAUACCUACAGCAUUAAAUUUUGUGUGCUUUUUGUAUUGUUAACGUGACACAUACAUCUCUUCGAAUAAAUAUUCUCUCUUAUAUUUAUUUUAUAAUAUAUAUUCCGUUCAGAUCACAGUUUAUCCAGUUAUUUUUUGUGUUUUGUAAUAUAUGCGUAUACUCAAUUCUUUUAAAUUUAAAAGUAAAUUAUUUCAUUAUUAUAACAAAAUUGUUUUCUUCGUUUAAAUUAAACUUUAAGAACUUCGUGUCAAAGUUUUCCCUGGAGAAUACCGUUAAUAUUUCUUCUCGCAAUUAAUAUUUUCUUUACAGAAAAAUUGACUUUAAAUUCGAUUGAGACAUUGCUUUAUCAUCUUUACCAUAGAAUUGCUGUAUAUGUCGUGUAACAUGUCUGAGAAAUAAAUGAGAGGUAAAAAAUAAA